AUGGAGGACCCUGAUUACAACUGGAAGCCCAAGAACCGCCCUCAGUCCACGAUAGCGCUCAACUUCAUGUCUGAACUCGACGAUCUGUUCCGGCUCGACGGCAGCCUUGACACCCUCGACAAGACCGUGCAUGAAAAAAAGCAAGCUGUAACCACACAAACGCAAGAGCUGGAAGCGCUGGAAGCCCAACUCCGCGCCGCCGAAGAACGGUUGAACCAGGCAAAGGGCACAUCUCCCCCGCGCCGGAGAGACAGCCAACACCAAACACCUAUCCAGGACGUCUUCUCAGCCCAG